AUGGCUGACUCUUCACGGCCGAGGUCUCGCUCGAGAUCGCCGCGCCGCGCACCAAAAGGCAGCGGAGGAUUCAGAUGGAAGGAUAAAAGGUCCGGAGACGGCAGAGAUGACGGCAGAGAUGGCCGACGCGACGACCGGAGGGACGACAGACGAAGCGAUCGCCAGGGUUACCGAAGUAGGCGUGACAGAGAUUUCCGAGACCGAGACCGCGAUCGUGAUACGCGUGAUCGGGGGCGCGAACGUUCUCCUCGCCGCGACAGAGAACCUGCGCGAGAGGAAGGCCGCCGCCGCAGCCCCGACGACAAACCAAGCAAAGAAAAGCGAGGCGGCGAAGGCAAGAAGGAAAAGAAAGCCAAGAAGGCAGUUUCUCUUGCUGGCAAGGAACUUAUUGUGGUUCACAUCAACGACCGUCUCGGCACCAAGACUGCGGUGCCCUGUCUUCCCGACGACACCAUCGGCCAACUGAAGCUCAUGAUUGCGGCGCGCAUUGGCCGAGAGCCGGGACAAAUCAUGCUGCGCCGCCAAGGAGAGCGCCCGUUCAAGGAUCCCAUCAGCCUGGCGGACUAUGGCAUCUCGAACGGUGUACAGCUGGAUCUUGAGAUUGACACAGGCGACUAA